UGCUAAAACGCAAAAUUGCACUAUUGCAGGAGAGUGUAGCGUAGACAAAAUGAGCUCAAUUUAAAUACAUUAUGAAAAAUGUGCAGCAAUAUCACAUAAUAAUAUACAUAAGCGAAUAAAACACGUAAAAUAUAAAAGGAUAUAAAAUGAUUCUCAAAAUUGACAGAUGAUUACUGCGCGAUCGCAAAAGGAAUAUGCUAACGUUAUCUAUCCAGAGAUAAAGUGUUCCAACACAUACAAUAAUAUCUGUUGCUCGAUACACAUACCAGUGAAUCUUGAUCGCCUAAUGAAUAUGUGAUUCAUGUUAUCACAUUGUUCUCAUUACAUCGUUUUAACGUAUCAAAUGAGACGAUUUUAACAUCUGACCUCGAUUACAUCCUAGUGCGCAUCCCCAGAACGCAAAAAUAGUGAGGUUAUAUGAACGUGAUCUCGAUGGUAAUUACGUUAUUGUGAAAGACAUAUACUGUAAAGACACAAUGAGCUGGCUACGAAGUAGCCCGCUGCGAACGAGUUUCAGCAAGCAGCGAUCAAGAGAUUCGCCACCAAAAGAUGCUGAUCCAUCCGCAUGCUAUGACAGUUUCUGCAAACAUUCUCAGCAGAUUUAUGAAAUCAUUCUACAUUCUUUACCUCCGAAAGGGAUACCUAGUCAAGAUGAUGUACUUGGAGUUGUUAAUCAUGUUGACCAAAUGGUAACGUUACUGGUACUAGAGUUACGGGAUACAAAUUCGCAUAAUCAUUAUCAACAGAGUAACACCGCCACGCAUUCUCCGUGUUUAGAAUAUUUAUUAAGUGAAAAUCUGCUUGUAAAGUUAUAUGAUUGGAGUAUACAUACAGGAAGAUUUAAUAAUGCUGUAAGAUUGGAACAAAUAAAGCUUUACGAAUUACUAGUUUCAUAUAGUGGCACUCUUCUUGCCCACGAGCCAGUUACGAGACCACUUUUGCGAUUGUUAGAAGAAUGUGCAAAUGAUGUUAUGCCAUUAGAAGUAGAAAAGAAAUUAGUAGUAUUGUUGAAUCACCUAUGUGUUGCCUUAAUGCAAAAUAUGGCAUUACUUGAUUUGUUCUUUCAUCCAACUGCACCUGGAAAGAAUAAAUUUAUAAUAUUUAAUCUAUUAAUACCUCAUGUUCAUCGGGAGGGUGGUGUUGGUCAACAGGCACGUGAUGCUAUGUUGUUGUGUAUGUCACUUUCAAAAAAAAAUGAUGAAGUUGGAUUAUAUAUCGCUGAGCAUUCUAAUAUAUGUCCUGUACUAGCUACAGGACUGAGUGGCCUUUAUUCUUUACUUCCAAGGAAACUCGACAUUGAAACAGACGAUUGGCAUCAAUUAACACCAGACGACGUAAAUGAUUUACCUGCGCUUACACAGCUUAUGAAUUCUCUGGAAUUCUGCAAUGCAGUUGCACAGGUGGCGCAUCCAGUAAUACAGAAGCAAUUACUUGAAUUUUUGUAUCAAGGUUUUUUAAUUCCCGUCUUGGGUCCAGCAUUGUUACAGGAUUCUCUUGGCUUGAGUAUAGAACAGCUAGAUGCACAUCAACAUUGGACGCCUGUGGAAGAAUUGGUGACGGCAACAGCUUAUUUUGAUUUGUUUCUUCGAUCUGUAACUGAUCCUGGCUUGUUACGAUCAUUUGUUAGAUUUUUAUUAGAAGAUAAUUAUGAUGACUGUAGAAUACUAGACAGCUUAAUACAGAGAAUUUCUUCUCGAUCAAGGUUGUGCAUAGUUACUCUGGCAUUAUUCGAAACUCUGGUCAAUUUAAACUGCGAGGAUGUUAUGUUGGAAUUAUGUCUGGGCGCAUUAAAUCCGUGUUCGCAUGUAAUGCUUUCUCAACGUAGUCGAUUGAGAGAUAUAGAUCCUUUUGGACGUGCAGCGGAAAAAUUUUUAUCUCUAACACCACAUUGCUGUUGCACAUUUUCGUCACUGGAUUCACAAACAAGUUCUUUACCUGGCACCGUCUCUUCUACAUACGAUAGACACGGAUGUGCCACGUCCGAUUCCGUAAAAUCACUACCGGUGUUACUAAAUUAUGGCACUAAAUUAUCAGAUAGCUUAUAUGGAAAUUAUCAUGCAUAUCUCUGCGAUGCCAGACAAAAAAUCAAAGCCUGUCGUAUUGCGUGCUCCAAUUGGUCUUGUCAGUACGAUGGUAAUUUACGUCGAAGUAGCAAUACCAGUAACAUGACCACGUUGAUGGACGAAAAUAUCGUAUCCGAUCAAUUGCAAAAGAAGACAGAAGAAUCUAGAACAUUGGAAUUGAUAAAGAAUGCGAUGAAAUCAUGCGAGAAGGACGACAAUACACCGCUGGACAAUGUACUAUUUAAUAUUCAAUCUUUGUUAGAAGGCAAAGAUUUAAAUAAAAAUGAACAGGAUGUAAAAAAUGAAUUAAACAUGGACAUCACAUUGUCUGUCGAAGAACAAGCGCAAUUAGACGCCGACAUUGCGGAGUUAUUAAAUGAAAAUAUAGGAAUGACAGAACUAGAUACAGAAGAAGCUUGUUCAGAUAAGAAGGAAUCUGAUAGUUGCAUAGACGACUCGACUAUGGUUAUGAAUUCGCUUAUGUCUCUGGGUGAAAGCAGCGGCUACGAGAGCUUUGCUUUUAAAAGUUCCCCGGAGUCAACGCCGGAUAACGAGAUCAGCGAAUAUCGUGUGAGUGAAGAACACGAAGAAGCACACAUUAAAAUUAAAAAAGAGAUUGACGAUGUCUCUACGCAUAAUGUCGCGAAAUCAAAUCCUCCAAUAAUUGGAAUAGCGGAAACGUCGUCGUGUAAAUCAAAUAAGGAUGCCUUAUACCGGCAAGACGUAUACAACGGACAACCAAAUGUCGGGAUAUUUUUAGAUGUGAUUUUACGGAAACUUGAGUGUAUGACGAGCAAUAACUUGUAUGUCAAUUUACGUCUCACAGGCCUUAUUAGUAGAUUGGCAAUGUACCCACAGCCUUUAUUGCAGUCAUUUCUGUUAAACCACUCUCUCGUAUUUCAACCCAGUAUCAAGUCUUUGUUUCAG